GAGAUUCCAAGCACCUUGUGCGCAUUGCGAGGACGAGAAAACGGUACGAGCUCAAUUGAUCAGGAAGAGCCUGGAAAGAGAAGCAAUGAUGGACAUAGAGAUUCGCGGCGCGCCGGGUACGCAAUUAAGCAGUACUGCGCUUGCAGCUACUUUGACGGGCGUCGGAGUCGUCAUAAUCGGGGUGAUCGUUGUCCUGGUCGUCCUCCUUGUACGAGAAAAAUGGGCGCACAGGCGACACCUUGCAGACCUAGAAGAGAGAGGCCUAGUCAUUGCACAAUCGCAAAGGGACGCGAAAAGAGACACGAUAACCAGGCCACGCGCCGUGCUCAGGCGCAGUACGAUACUCCCAUUCAACGCCAAAUCAGGAUGGGGAGCAUUGUCAUCCGUUGAGACUAUCGCCCCUCCGGAACCGCCCUCGUUUCCGCCGCAUUAUGCUCCUCCGAAGCCGGCAGGGUUCGUCAGUAAACCAAAGCGCCUUUCGUGGCCGUUCUCGGCUCGCAGAGGUUCUGGCAGUGCGAUUCACAUGCGAAAGAUCCUAGUACCCACGCUAUCUACGGUGCUCGAGAGUCCAAAGCCUUCGCCGCUGGUUCCUGUGCUGGGUGACUCACUCCGGGGUGAGCCUUCGUCUCCCAAGAAGAAUCAAAGCCGACCAUCUUCGGAUCAAUCAUUGCUCCGACAUCACCCAGCGUUCCGCAGCACCGAGCAGGAGAGCAAGGCUCAACAGGAUACCCCACGGCCAGAGCGACUUCGUCGAAGCUUGACCGCAAAGCCCACCACUAAGCCGGACACACCCAUGCGACCAAACCGAUCCAAAUCCGUGACCGACAUCUCAGUGAGCACGAAAGCGAGUGCUCUGUCUCCACUACCACGCCCAAAGCUCCGCGCGCGAUCCGCAAGUAUGUGUAGUCAGUCGUCAGGAACCGCGCCAGACGGCGACUUACCUCCUCUUCCAUUGGACGUUGCACGCCUCAAGAGCGAGGCUCGUAGGAAAAGUUUGCUGAGUCGCAGUCCCUCUCGUGUUUCCGUUUCUAGUUUUGAGUCGGCCGGGAGUUCCAUUCUUGCAACUCAAUCGAGUCCCAUCUUACCACGACCGUCCAACGCUCGCGUGCAGAAGGUGACGAAGCGAGACUGGAGGAACUCUUUGAUCAUCGGGCCGAGACCGUUCCGGGAUACUCUUGCCCUACAUAGGAAGAAUCAGCGAUCACAAAGCUCCAUCAAGAGCAGCGUAGCGCGCUUCAGCUCGGUCGACACAUCCACGCAAGCAGGAUCACAAACCCAGAGCCGGAGGUCCACCUUGACUAAGUCCUCGAGCAUGCAGUCAACCAACAAGGCCAAAACGGCGGGAUCGGUGUCACUCAGCAAGACACCGUCGCCAGUCUACAGUCCACGCACAGUCAGAAAUUUGGCGACGCCAAAGUGCAAAUCGGGUUGUUCCUUUGUCACGCCCUAUGGAUCCCCCGAGGAGCGCCGGAAGCGAUCAUCACUUGUGCAAAGCGCAUCCGGAAAUAAUAGCGCUUUGAAACGACAGCUCUCAGAGACGUCCACGCGAGCAUCGUCAACCAGGAGCAGUAAUGGCAACCCGUUCCAGUGGGAUCCAGCUCCCAUGUCAGCAGGGAAGCCAUCGGCGUUGAAAGGUAGCCCAAGUGCUCGUAAAGGGCACCGCAGACAGAACUGUGUUCGGAUCUCGCUUAUCCCUACGAUGCUAGGCCCACCGAGCAGAUCCCCCAGCCCAUGUAUGAACGAUAUCCAAGAGGAGCCGUCGCAUGCGACAUUUGAGAAGACAGACGUCGGUCUAGGCUUCUCGAGCACAAGGGCUCUUCCGCGGCCACCGAGCAUUUCCACAUUUGCCCCAGAGCUGAAGCUCAUCUCAACCUCUAUCCGAGCAUCGCUGACUCCAAGCUCGCCUACACUGUCCAUUGCGAACUACGACCAUCGCCCCACAGGGUCGCCUGUGAUGAGCCGACCCGGCCAUGUUCUCUCCGAGAUCUCGGAGCAGGAGAGAAAGCGUCAGAGUACGGGGUCGAUUUUCAGCAUUCCUACUUUCCCCAGUCCCGUUCACGGAUUCGGAUCCGGAGAAACCAUUGCAUCUGCCCCGCCGACGUUUACUCUGUCCCAAACCUGGAGUGGGCAUGCGAAUACUAACACAACCUCAGACACAGCCGCCGGGGCAUCAUCGCCAUUUGACAUGCUAUUGGACAUCGAUUCGUCUCCAGGGAAGCCGCUGCUGACUAACGAGUAUGACCCGGAGCGUCCUUACCUCAUCUAUCAAACACCAACAAGCAGCCCGACUAGGACCUUCUCUUCCCCAUUCUCGACUAUCCCCGAAGAGCCUUCAGCUCAGUCGAGUAACUAUGAGCGACUGCGAUCGGAGGACUCUCCACCUUGUUCUCCAAAAACGGUGCUUCCACCCACAUUCGGGCUUCAACAGGAUCGGUCGGCUUACAGUCUGCCUAUCAAGGAGACCGCCAUUCCGGAAGAGCCUUUGGGUACGAUUGAUCCAGCUAUCCUGAGCAAAGAUGCAUUCAGCACGUUGAACACCGGUCUUAGUCAUGCAAGUGUACGCAUAAUGAAAACACCCAACAGUAGCCGGGACAGCACCCCCAUUCCCACGAGCCCGGGCUCCGCGAGGUUCAUGUUCGAGCCCCUCCUUGAGGCAACCUUUCCAUCCAGCCCACCGUUGCUGAAGGAUUCCAGAGGUUCGCCCUCAGCGAAACGAGCUAGCCAGUCCGGCCUUGAACCGCCCACAAUCUCCGUCCAAUCGUCACCGAGCUCCAUGUACUCCUCUCCCUUCCCCGCACCCUCACCUUCGCAACCCCCUAGCCCGCCGUGCUCCCCACGCCCCCAGCACACCCAGCUCCCCCCACCAUCCCUCAACUUCAUCGCCAUGCCCACGCUCAGCCCCUCAAUUUGCGGUCCACGUGGUUCACCACCCCGGCCUCUCCGCUCUUCCAUCCAAAAGCUUCGCCGUAUGAACUCAGAUGCGGAGAAAGGCGGACGAGAAGAGCGUCGAUACCUCCGUCUGGGCCGCGAAGAGAGUAUUGCGCUCCCAGGAGAGGAAAGCUGGCUUGAUGGAUUGAAUGGUGAGGGGGAUGAAGAGGAUGAUGACACGUGGGAUGAGGAGAAGGGGAAGAGACUUGUGGAGGAUAUUUUGAAUGAUUGGGAAGAGGAAGCUACGAUGCUUGACUCGGAGGAUGGGAAGGACGCUGCGCCCACGCCGACGCUAUCCACGCAACCAGAGGGAGAGACCAAGACGCGAGAAAUUGAGGAGUCAAAGGGCCUGCUGGUCACAUCAAGCUCGAAACCCAGUCCCCCAGCUGUGGGCAGAAGCUCCAGUAUCUGGGAAGACGGCGAGAAGUUCUGGCACUCCACACCCCCUCACCCACCGAACUCGCCCAACAAACCCAAGCAACGCUUCCAACCACUCUCUUCCUCCCCUCUAGCCACGCCCCGCACCUCACGAAAACGCGACUUCGAAGUCGCUAAGGACGAAUCACCCACGACCACCAGCCAGCAAGAAGACGCCAACCCCACAAACACCGACGGGAAGAAAGGUAAUACAGGACACAGUGCAAGGAGGAGAAGUUUAGCAGGUAAUAGAUACAGGAAGCGCAGCGCCCUAGGUAUCAGCACGCCAAAUGUGCGGAUCCAAAUCCAGCCGCCGAGUGGUGGGAGUCUGAACGGCACGCCGGGGAGUCUGUACGAUGCAGAUGGGUUUCUUAGAGUGUGAAAUUUCCUUGGCUCCGUAGUCGUAAUCAUUAAUCUAUCUUCUCGUAGCCUGAUGUGGCUCAGCGCCUUUCCAAAUGCGGGUGGGGUCGUGAUCAAUGGUUGAAGGGGUCCGAGAUCUAUUAUGCAGUGUUAGUAUACCUAACAGCGAGUGUGGAAGGAAGCCGCAUACCCUCCUCGUCAUGCAGCAUCCUGGA